UUGUCACGUGAAGGGUAUCAAGUCCUCACUGACAAUCCUAACUCCUGCACCGACGUAGCACAUGUGGCCUGAACUCCUGCUCCUGCUGCUCUCAGGGGCCCUGACCCUGACCGAGAUCUGGGCCGGCCUGACCAAGAUCCCAGGACACGCGUCCUCCCCGCGCCCAGUGCCCCAUACCCUGAGAUAUUGCAGCACCGCCAUGUACGGACCGAACGUGUGGCAGUACCGGUACACCGUCGUCGGCUACGUGGACGACACGGAGAUCAUGGGGCUCGACAGCGAUGCCCAGAACCCAAGGCUGGAGCCGCGGGUGACGUGGAUGCAGCAGCCGUGGGUGGAACAAGAGAAUCCAGAUUUUUGGGAGGAACAGACGCAGGUCUUCAAGCACUAUGAAGACGUACGGAAAGAGAAGCUAGACCUGCGUGGCUCCGCCUUCAUCAGCGAUCUCGAGCUCUACACCUGGCAGGAAAACACUGGCUGCGUCCUGGGGUCCGACGGACGCUUCCUCCGAGGGUACAGUCAGUUCGCCUACGAGGGCACCGACUACAACGCCCUGAACGAGAACCUGAGUUCCUGGACCACCGCCGACACGGCCCCCUGGAUCGAUAGGAACAGAUUGCUGCGAGUCCCUGAUGCGGACAGCGUGAGGACCUUCCUGGAGAGCAAGUGCGUGCGCUGGCUCCGCCUGUUCCUGGAGAAGGAGGAGACCCUGCUCCGAGCAGACCCUCCAAAGACACACGUGACCCACCACACCAUCUCUGACCAUGAGGUCACCCUGAAGUGCUGGGCCCUGGGCUUCUACCCUGCUGACAUCACCCUGACCUGGCAGCGUGACAGGAAGAACGUGACCCAGGACAUGGAGCUUGUGGAGACCAGGCCUGCAGGGGACGGGACCUUCCAGAAGUGGGCAGCUGUGGUCAUGCCCCCUGGAGAGGAGCAGAGAUACACAUGCCAUGUGCAGCACCAGGGGCUGCCUGAGCCCCUGACCCUGAGAUGGGACCCCCCUCCUCAGAGCACCAUCACCAUUGUGGGCAUCACUGUUGCCCUGGGUCUCCUUGGAGCUGUGGUCACUGGAGCUGUGCUGUGGAGGAGGAAGUGCUCAGGCAGAGGCAGGAAGAGCUACGCUCAGGCUGCCUGUAAGUGUGGGUGUAGGGGAGGUGACAUCUGGGAUCCUUGGGGGAGUGUGGGCUGGAGUCUGUGAAGGGGGCUCCCCCACCCCAUAACUCUGCUGUUGUGUCUUCCCCAGACAGCAACAGGGCCCAGGGUUCUGAUGUGUCUCCUACAGCUCCUAAGGCGUGACAGAGCUGCCUUGUCCAGGUUUGGUGCUAAAUAGCCAUUGCAGCCUCCCCUUGGGACUUUAAGGAUCCCUGUCUGCUGUUUCUGCAACAAGUAUCUGAACAUGUCUGUAUUAUAUUAAAUUUAUAUAUAUACAUAUAUGAAUUAAACAGAAGUGAUUUAGAUUAAAAGCUCCAAAGUGCAUUGUU